AUUGAAUCGAGCGGUGCAGAGCUAGACGUUUGCAAGCCGGAGUGGGUCCCUUUGAAACCGGCUUCCUAAUUCCCGAGGUGAUCGUUUCUGCUGAUAUGUGAGCUCCCUCUCAGCCCUCGGCCCCCCUUGUUUGCGGAACUAAAGUUUAUCCCAAAGGGAAAACCCUGACAAACAAACAAGAAAACUUCCUUUGUGGGAAUGAGGUUUUACCAUACCUGCAAGCUACCUGGAAGAAUUAUGGGUAUCCGGCUACUUCACUUCUCUUCUAUAGUGAUCUUUUUGCUGCUUCUGGUGGCAGGUGCAUUAACAGCUUUACUGCCUAAUAUUAAGGAAGAUAAAAUGCUCGCUCUGCGAAGGGAAAGAAAAUCCCAAAGCCAGUUUGCUUCGGAUUCGUUUACUCUUAUUAUGCAGACAUACAAUAGAACAGACUUACUCUUGAAGCUUUUAAAUCAUUAUCAAGCCAUCCCUCAUUUACACAAAGUGAUAGUUGUGUGGAAUAACAUUGGGGAGAAAGCACCUGAAGAAAUAUGGAAUACCUUGGGACCUCAUCCUAUCCCAGUCAUCUUCAAAGUACAAACAGUAAAUCACAUGAGGAAUAGACUUCAGGUUUUCCCAGAGCUGGAAACAAAAGCUGUUUUGAUGAUGGAUGAUGAUACCCUAGUUAGUGCCUACGACCUAGUUUUCGCUUUCUCCAUUUGGCAGCAAUUUCCGGAUCAGAUAGUUGGAUUUGUUCCCAGAAAGCACAUACCCAGCCCUGCAGGGAUAUAUAGCUAUGGGAGCUUUGAACUGCAGGGUCCUGGCAUCGGCAACGGGGACCAGUAUUCAAUGAUCCUAAUAGGAGCAGCCUUCUUCAACAGUGCAUACCUAGAACUUUUUCAAAAACAGCCUGAAGCUGUGCACACCAUGAUAGAUGAGACUCAAAAUUGUGAUGACAUUGCCAUGAAUUUCUUGGUAGCCAAACAUACUGGAAAGCCAUCAGGCAUGUUUGUGAAGCCAGUAGACAUCAGGAAUUUAGAAAAAGAAAGUAAUAGUGGUUAUUCUGGAAUGUGGCACCGGGCAGAACACUUGCUGCAAAGGUCCUACUGCCUUAAUAAAUUGGUUAGUAUCUAUGGCAACAUGCCUUUAAAAUAUUCUAACAUUAUGAUUUCCCAGUUUGGUUUUCCAAACUAUGCUAAUCACAAGAAUAAAGUAUAAGGAUAUGCUCCAAGUAAAUGCUUCAACAUGCUUCUCAGCAAUUAAAAUAACAAACCAAGUAGGGAAGUAUGUAAAGAAAUCUGUAGGGUACACAUUAUUUGGAGCUUAUUUCUGCAAGAGCUCUUUGGGGAUGUCAUGUCUGGGUGAAACAGUCCAUCUCUUGUGCUCAGCAUGUGAAAGCUUCUUCCGUUGGCUUUGCUAUUUAUCCCCAUUUCAGACAACCCCAAACGCUUGAAUGCAGAUUAUCCCAGAAAGCCAUGUGCAUUCAUGUAAUCAAAGUUGCAGAUAUAUCUCCAACCAAAAUGUGUAAGCCCACAACCAUUUUUAUUUUCAGCCAGCCUGUUCAGAUAUAUCAGUAAAAGGAUGAAAAUAAUGAAUUCUCCAUAAAAUUGUAGUAUUUUGUUUUCCACAUACAACCAGGCUACACUUGAUUUGUAUGUCAGAUACUGAUCCAGUGAUUCAUUAGUUUUAUUCAUAGAAAUAUGAAAUGACAUAUUUUCUGUGGAAUAAUUUUCUGAUUUGAGAACAUUUGCAAUAACAUUAUUUUCUGCCCUCCCACAGCUAAAUAAUAAUUUUUAAAAAACAAACAGUGAAAUAUUUGACACAAAUGUAUUCUCUUGAUCUUGGGACAUAUUGAAAGUUUGCCCUUUCCUUCCACAAAUCUCUUGAUUUUAAAAGUUUUUUGUAUUUUGAGACAGUGCUACUUUAUGUCUUAAGCCAAGACCUCAAAUAGCUUGCACUGUUUUCUGACUCUGACAUAAUGAUAAAAUGUUUCUGAGCUGAUACAACUUGUAAUAUGUAUGUGCUUCAAUCUGAAAUGCUCUCUGAGCAUCUCUGAGACAACAUACCAGUUUUAACUUCUUGCCUAUCAGUAAAAGUCAGUAAAGGAAAUUGCAAGGUUGGGAAUCUUUUCCAUGGAAAUCAUAAUGCAAGACACUUGAAAGCAAGAGGGAAAGCUCCUAACAUUUCAAGUUGCUGUCUUCUCUGUAAACUACUACUUCUGUAUAUUUAAGAGCAGCAAUUGUGUUUCCAACUACAUUACAUUCCAUGGAAGCCAGGUCUGAGAUCCAGAGAUCCUAUAUAACGCAUGUUCUUUUUUUGCUUGCUUUAGCCCCCCCAUCCAAAGCUAUUCAAUCCAUAUUUUAAUAUCCAACAUGUUUAAACUGAACGUUUGUCACUAUAAAAAAAACAUUUUAUCUGUGCAAUAUUUUGAUCGGAUCAAAAAGAUUAAGCGUAGAUUACUGUACAAAAGCUGCAGCCAACAUCUGCAACAAUGAUCUGGGGCAGCUCACAGGUAGCAGAACAGAGGGCACAGCAGCAAAGUAGGAAAUUGUAUCAAAGAUUACUCAGCCUACAAUCAGUAUGAGUUCAAUUGCAAUUUUUUUAUUUGAAUGCACAUUUUUUCAGGCUUAUGUAGAUAGAUGAUCUGAAACUGGUGGCUCAUUGCUGCCUUCAAGAAAAGAAAAUGAAUACGAGUAUUUCGUUCGGGAAUUGGGGUUAUGCUCCCUUGAAUAUUAAAAUGCUGUAUUUCUGUUCAUUCAGUUAAGUUUAUUCUGUAUCUGAGUUUGUGUAUUUCUUUUCCUUCUGCUCAAUCAUUUUCAAUCUGUUGAAAAUAUUUACAAUUUAGAAUUCAGUGACAACUGGAGAUGUGACUGCCUAGUUCAGUUGUAUUUUUGAUGUAUUUUCCCCCAAGAGUUGUGCAUUUUUCCUCUUUUAUAGUCAUAUUGUUUGUUUUUUCAUCUUUAUUUUCUAACAGAAACGCUAAUAAAGAUGUGUAAU